AUGGGGCCCAGGACCCCUUUGCUUUCUUUUUGGGUUUGCACCUUUGCCAAGACAGGGAUUUUGUUCCCAGGAGGCACCCCCCGGCCCAUGGGAUCUCAGCAUUCAAAGCAACACAGGAAACCUGGGCCCCUGAAACGGGGCCACCGAAGAGAUCGGAGAACAACCAGGAGGAAGUACUGGAAGGAAGGAAGGGAGAUCGCUCGUGUCUUAGAUGAUGAGGGCAGCAACCUGCGGCAGCAGAAGCUUGACCGGCAGCGGGCCCUGCUGGAGCAGAGGCAGAAGAAGAAGCGCCAGGAUCCCCUGAUGGUGCAGGCCAAUGCCGACGGGCGGCCCCGGAGCCGGCGGGCCCGGCAGUCGGAGGAGCAGGCCCCCCUGGUGGAGUCCUACCUCAGCGGCGGGGGCACUGCCAGCUACCAAGUUCAGGAGGCCGACUCGCUUGCCAGUGUGCCACUGGGAGCUACCCGCCCCACAGCGCCAGCCUCAGCCAAGAGAACCAAGGCAGCCACCGCAGCGGGGGGCCGGGGCGCAGCCUCUGGGAAGGAGAGGAAGGGGAGGCACAAAGGCACCGGCAGGCCAGCAGCACUGGCAGAAGACAAGUCCGAGACCCGAGGCCCCAUGCGGAUCCUGACUGCGGGCCAGUCAGACCACACCCGGGACGAGGGGGAGACAGCCACUGGUGGGGGCACACGGCCCAGCGGGCAGGACACCCGGGCCACGAUGCAGAGGAAGGGCGUCUCCAGCAGCAUGAGCUUCGAAGAGGAAGAGGAGGAUGAGGACGAGAACAGCUCCAGCUCCUCCCAGCUAAACAGCAGCACCCGCCCCAGCUCUGCGACGAGCAGGAAAUCCAUCAGGGAGGCAGCCUCAGCCCCCAGCCCCCCAGCCCCCGAGCCGUCGGUGGAUGUUGAGGUCCAGGAUCUUGAGGAGUUCGCCCUGAGGCCAGCCCCGCAGGGGAUCACCAUCAAGUGCCGCAUCACACGGGACAAGAAGGGCAUGGACCGGGGCAUGUACCCCACCUACUUUCUGCACCUGGACCGCGAGGAUGGGAAGAAGGUGUUCCUCCUGGCGGGAAGGAAGAGAAAGAAGAGUAAAACUUCCAAUUACCUCAUCUCUGUGGACCCAACAGACUUGUCUCGAGGAGGGGACAGCUACAUCGGGAAGCUGCGGUCCAACCUCAUGGGCACAAAGUUCACCGUUUAUGACAAUGGAGUCAACCCUCAGAAGGCAUCCUCUACUUUGGAAAGUGGAACCUUACGUCUGGAAUUGGCUGCUGUAUGCUACGAAACAAAUGUUUUAGGUUUCAAGGGGCCGCGGAAGAUGAGUGUGGUUGUCCCAGGCAUGACCAUGGUUCACGAGAGAGUCUCCAUCCGGCCCCGCAACGAGCAUGAGACGCUGCUAGCACGCUGGCAGAAUAAGAACACGGAGAGUAUCAUUGAGCUGCAGAACAAGACGCCUGUCUGGAAUGACGACACGCAGUCCUACGUACUCAACUUCCACGGGCGCGUCACUCAGGCCUCCGUGAAGAACUUCCAGAUCAUCCACGGCAAUGACCCGGACUACAUUGUGAUGCAGUUUGGCCGUGUAGCAGAGGACGUGUUCACCAUGGAUUACAACUACCCAUUGUGUGCGCUGCAGGCCUUUGCCAUUGCCCUGUCCAGCUUCGACAGCAAGCUGGCCUGCGAGUAGAGGCCGCCUCGUGCCCUCUGGGGUUGCCCAGCCUGGAGUGGAGCUGCCUGCCUGCGGAGACAGCCCUGCCGACCCCCUGUACAUAGGCCUUGUGCCAGGUGACCCUUUGGCUCUCAGUGGGCUCCUGGGCCCAGCCAUCCAGGAACUGGCUCCUGCGCCUCCACUGCUGAGGCAGAGGAGUGGGGGAUGUGAAGGGACCAGCGUGAAUUCUUUCUGUGCCCCAAGAUCAACACACACCCCCCACCCUUGGGUUAGUAUCCUGCUGCGGUCACGUUUGCCAAGCUGAGCGGCCUCUUCAGCCGGGGAGGCAGGAAGAGGUGUAGAGGGAGAGGAAGCACAGUGCAGGGCUGCUGGGGCCCAGCCAUGCACUCAGCCCAGCUGUGAGGGGCACAGUGAGCGUGUGUGCGUUAGUGUAAGUGUUAGGGCACGCCUACUUUACGGAGCAGAGGGCUGGGUAGCCGAGCCUGGCCCUUACAACUACAGAAAGUCCUUCAGCUUCAGAAGGCCUCAGCUGGGCCUGGGAAGAGUUAUGGGCAUGGGGAAAGGUGAGUAGCAGGACCUUGCCAGGAUUGCAGGGGCCCGGCUAUGGCUGUGGGAAUUGGCUGGUGGCCUAGGGUUUGAGCUCAUUUGAUUUCUCUGUGUGCACAGAGGCGGCAGGAGGCCAGCCCCCAAGGUCAGAUCUCUUAGAGGAUGGGGCCUGCAGGACGCAGGCUCAGCAUACAGGCGGCGCAUGGGACAGGGCUGUUCUGGAGCUCUGUCAGCUGCCCCAGGAGCUCCCUGCUGAGCAGUCCCUGCACAAAGCCCAUGAACCCCAGGACACCAGCCCCAGACUGCACACAGGUAGGCGUGCCUGGAGCUCCUGCCUGUGCUUCAGCUCCCACCGCAGUCAGCCUAGGCUGUGGUUGUUGAGGGACUAUAUGUGGUUCUUCUUAGCUGGGAAUGGGACAGGGUAAGGAGAGCAGGAGAUGUUUUAGAACCACAAGAGAUCACAGGUGGCAGGACUCUGAGAGAUCAUCUAGAAAAUAGGACUUGCCCUGGGUCUCCUGGAGGGUUAGGGGCAGAGUUCGGAGUUUCAGCUCCCUUGAUUUCCUUGUUUCCACCAUCCCCCAAGAAACUGCUCUCUCUGACCUUCCUAGGGCACAGUCCACAUGCCCGUGCACCUGAUUCCAGAGACAGAAAUGUCAAGAGGUGGUGAAAUUGAAACCAUUUCAGUGGGAAAUUGGGCAGUUCCCUGCUGAAAGCUGCCUGGAUUUUUGCAUGUCCGUCUGAUAGGGACUGGCCUGUGCCUGGCUCCUCCCCGAGGGCAGGCCUUAGCAAGGUUGCUGCCCAUUUUGCUAUCUAGGUGUGACAGGUGAGUUGUGAGUGUUCCA